AUGUUUUGAUGUUCGAAGUAGGUCAAAGAUAUCGAGGCAGUACGAGGUAUCAGUGUUGCCUGAUUAUCAGACGAAGACACGGACACCUCGACCAAGCAGAGCGACCUGAAUUCUUAUUUCGAGAGGGAGACCGGUGGUCGGGUGCGCUGCAUCGUUUGCCGCACGUCGGUGCCGCAUCGGGAUGAUGCGCAACGCACCCACAUGCAGGAGAAGCAUCCCAAGCUGGUCGGGGAACAGGAUCAGGAUAACGAGCAGGAUCAAGAUCAGGAUGAGCGUAUGCCGUUCCACAGCGACGACGAGCCAGAACAGGACGUGUUCACCGAUGUCGUUUAUGUCGAGGACGCGCGGAACAUCGAGAAAAGCCCGCCAAAAGUUCGCCCCUCCAAGCCGUCAAAAUUGACAAAAACUAGACCACAGAAAAGGCGGGCGAGCACAUCGUCCGACGAGUAUCUAAUAAAAAAGCCGAAAAGCGACGAGAACGACGAAUUAGAGGGAUUCAUACGUUACAUACGUUGUUUGUUGAAAAAAUUGCCAACCGACACGUGUAUGAAGUUGCAAUUGGAAAUUGUCAAUUUAAUUAUGAAGGCGUCAAUAAAUAAUCAAAGUGACAGUACCGUUACUAUAGCAACACCCGGCACUAGUUAUUACGUGACGAUGCCGGAUAAAGUGAUACAAACGUCUAGUCAAAUGACUGACGUGUCAAAUAGUGCCGAUAUAAAUACAUCCACGCCUACAAUUAUUAUAAACUCGGUAAAUUCAAUGAAAGAAACUGAUAGUACGUAAUUAUUUUUUAAAAUUACACUAAAGUUAAUGUAAAAAGUUAUUUAAGGUUGACACAAUAAAGCAACUUUUUUUAUCGUACAAACCCACAAGGCUUAGGAAUUGUGUGUAUACUGCCGGACUCUUACAUGUGCAUGCGUAAGAAGAGUUAUUAAAGUGUUGCUUUUGCAAAAGACAAUGUAAGGAUAGAAUGUAUGUACAGCAUUCGGUUCUCGCUGCCUACCUCGCAACGGACUUGCCGUGAAGAUAUAUAGGUAACGUUUUCUUUACAAAAAAUCUUUGUGACAUUUGUAGUUAUUGACACAGUGAAAGUAAACGGUUUUAGUCAGUUACAGAGUAACAUACACAAAAUGGCGCCAAUUUUACUCGCUAGUAAUGCAGCUUUUUAUAGUUGAUAGAAUUCUUAAAUUAGUUGAGUAGUUUUUGAGUUUAUUCAUUACAAACAUACAAAAAAUCAAGUUUUUUCUCUUUAUAAGAAUUGUAUAAAGAACUUGCCUUUUUCAGGGUUGUAAAUAAUAAAUGUAAAUAUCAUGUACAUACUGACAAAUCCUGUAAGUUUAAAUGUGGUUUCUGUAUAUACUAAAUUCACUUAGGCAAGAACUGAAAAAUUUAUUUUUUUAGGUAAAGCCUUGAUUAGAUAGAGAAUUUUGUGUUAAGAAUGGGUCAACAUUUAACUCAAUUGACGUUUGGCUAACGCAAUUUAGUAUUUUUUUUUAAUCAAGACAAAACGCGCUAUUUGUUCAGUGUUGCAAGUAAUUAAUUGCAAAAUUUCCUAAAUAAAGUCGAUAUUUUCCAUUUGAACUGGGAACUAUUUCUUCUAAGAAAUAUAUAUAUUAUAAAUUUUUACUUAUUCUCUCUGAAAACCAUCGUCACUUAUUCUCAAUUAAUUUGUCACGAUGAGUCAACUGACCUACUAUUCUCACCAGUUAUCCCUUCCUUAAUUAUCCACUGUCGGACAUAAGCCUUUCCCUUGGGGGAAUUUACCAGUAGUUGCCACGCUUGGCAGGCGAAUUGGCAUCCGUAGUUAGGCUUUGGAGAUAUUUUAAGAGGAAGUUGACCGUUCCUCGUCGUCCCUUAGUUGCCUCUUACGACGCUCACAGGAAAGGAAAGGGUAGCCCAUUCUAUGCCAGGACCACACAGCUACUUAUAAAUUAAUAUACAUAUAUUAAUUAAAAUGGCGGCCAUUUUAAAUAAUGCAGAAACAAAAACAUAUUUUAUGUAUAUAUAUUUAUAUCUAGUAAAUCAAAGUAUUGAGUAAAGAUAAGUAUCUUUACGAAUCAUUACGCACUGUAUAUCUUGUUUUAUUUUUAAUAAUAAAUACAUACAUUUAAAUAGAACUUAAAGCUAAUUAUUAUAGUCCCAAUACCCAUGCAAACAUAAAAUUAUUUCGUACAUAAUAAUGAAAAAAAAACUGUUGAGUUUCUUGCGAGUUCUUAGCAAUAAAAAUAUCCCAGAUCCAGCAGUGUAAUCAUUAAAAAAUUGACGAUAUAAAAGAGCUUGUAAACAAGUCUGUCUUAGUAAAGAUUAUUUCUCUUCUAUUUCUGUUGUAUUUUAUUGUUUAUUUUUCAACUUUACAAUAUAAUUUCUCCCAUAAAUUGAGUAGUAAAUAUACAUUAUGGUAACCCUAUUCAUGCACCGAAGAUAAAAAGUUGACCUGUUUUUGGCGAAGUAUUUGUGUGAAGAUAUUUUUAUGAAAAUUAUAACACGAAAUUGCAAAUGAAUAAUGUCAAUUGACUUUAAUUAAUGAAGAAUUAAAAUGGUGAUAAAUAUAUAUAAAAAAAAAGAUAUUUCAGUUUGAUUUAAUUCAAAUCCAAAGACAAUUCUUGCUCUAUUGUGAUGUGGGCACUGUAAAACAAUUAUAUUUAGUUAGAUUCAGUUAAAUAACAAUAGGUAUACCCACCUAGUUUUUCUAAUACAUAAGUUAAUAAGGGAAGUUUACACAAAACUUUCCUUACAUGGCGCCACUUUAAAAUCUACUGAUAAAAUAGUAAAUAAAAAAAAGAAAUUCCGUAAUGGCGGGAAAUAAUACUUUUUUUUUUAUUAAGAAAAAGAAAUUCCAUAAUGGCGGGACUUUUUUUUAAUUUCCCGCCUGUAACUGCAGGCUUGAGCAGAUUUGUUUAUUUUAAUAUUAUUAUAUUUAAUAUAUAUAUUUAAUAUUGUUAUAAUCUUAGGUUAUAAUAGUGACUACACUAUUCGAAUAAAUCGACAGUAAGUUUACCUUUUUUGUAGAAUCCAGUAAAUAACUUAAACGUGAUUUUAUUUUAAUACCACUUAACUUGAGUAAGUUCAUUUUAUAUACAGAAGAAUCUAAGUUCUAUGCAAGCAAAAUUUUUUAUUUAAGUUGUUUACUGCGAAUUGUAUAGAUGUACGUUUGUACGUUUGUUUGUACAUAUCUGAAUGAUAAAAUGAAUAUUGUAAUAAAGUUUUUGUUUGUCUGUUAUCGAAUUUGUAUUUAUUUUUUACUAUCUACCUGCCCGUUACUUCG